AUGCUGAAGCCCCCCCCGCCCCCGCUGCCCUCCCCGUCCUGUCAGUGCGGCUGCGGCCGCACCCAGGCCGAGCCCCGCGGGGCCGGGACGCGCAAGUUCAGGUGCGGGGCCCGCGGGGCCGGCGUCGAGGAUGAGCACGAGCUGCGGGAGCACCAGCACCUGCACGGCGGUGAGAUCCACCCCCCUCGCAAGACCCUCCCUUGCCCUUGCCCCGCACCGGGGGGAGGGUCUGGCCGGGCGGGUGCUGAGCGCGGGGUCCCCGCAGGGCCGGACCCGGUCGCCCGCUCCAGCCGCCGCCGCUUCCCGUCCUCGGGCCCGUUGAGCGCCCGCCGCUGCCUCCCGCUGGCCCCGAUCCGGGCCUGGGUCCCCGCCGACGAGCCGCUGGACCUGUCCCUGCCCAAGGCGGGCGCGAGCCCCGCGCUGCUGCUGCCCGAGCCCCGGCCCCGAUCCGGGGCGGCGCGGGGCGUGAGACCCUCGUCGCAGCCCACUCUCGCUCCGGCUCCGGAGCCCGGACCGGGAUCGGGGCCGCGGCGGCGGAGGCUGCAGCGCACCGGGGACGGGCUCUACGCCUGCGGGCUUUGCCCCAAGACCUUCCACAAGAGCAGCUCGCUGCUGCGGCACGAGUACGAGCACACGGGCCGGAGGCCACACGAGUGCGGGGCCUGCGGGGCCGCCUUCAAGCACAAGCAUCACCUGCGGGAACACGCGCGGCUGCACUCGGGCGAGCGCCCGUUCCUCUGCCAGCGCUGCGGCCGCCGCUUCGCGCACUCCGGCUCCUACUCGCAGCACGUGAAACGCCGCCACCUGCCCGGCCCCAACCCCCGCACCGGCACCUGCACCGACCCCGACCCCGGCCCCGGCCCCGAGCCCGGGGGGCGCCGGGAGCGCGCCGCCGCCGCCCCGCAGUGGAUGUGGGGGGCGCCCCCCGCUCCGCCCCCAGCCCCCGGGCUCUUCUAAGCCACGGACGCGCGUGGAGGGGAUUUGGAGGGGUCUGCGAUGGUUCAGAGCAAUAAAGGAGUGAGCGGCUCGGA